AUGUUCUCCAAGACUCUCAUCGCAACUAUCCUCGCCAGCACUGUUGCUGCUAGCCCUAUCGCUGCUAGCACAGCCAGCACUACCUACACUCUCCGUACUUUCCCACUUGGAGCAGGGUCGAUCUUUCGAGGCUUGGAGAUCAGUGCAGUCGACGGAUGGCUUUGGGUUGGAAAAUCUGCACCAGCCAUUCAAUUCUCUUUCGAUAACGGACAUGUAAACAUCCAAGGAGGACAAGAACUGUAUCUCUUGGACAGUUCGGUCGUAUAUGCUGCUCCAGAUGCCAGCAAUCCAUAUGAUGCAGGUUGGGUGUUCGAAGCCCCUCACAGUGGUCCAAAUAGCACUCUUGGAGGGUUGACAUACCCUGGCUUCAACUUCUGGGCUUGCACAACCUCCGAGGCUAAUGUCUAUGCUAUCGCUGUUUUCCCAACUUAUGACCGUACUUAUCCUGUUGGAUGCGAGGAAAUCCAGUUGAUUACUCAGUAG